UCCACCACUCAAAAUGUAAAAUAGAAAUGCUGUUUGAUCGCAGAGAAAAUGAGAGGGAAAAAUCACAUGAAACUCUAUAAAACUUUUCUUGCGACCAUAACAAAAGGGCCAAACAAAUCCUGGAAAAUUCAUCAGAGCCCAAACAUGGAAGUCGAAGUGAAACUCCGCCUCUCCGAUUCCACUUCUCACCAGAAACUCUCAGACCUCCUCUCACCCUUCCACACAAAGACCCAUUUUCAAGAAAACAUUUUCUUCGACGGGGCGAAAGCCGAGCUCUCCUCCAAGCUCGCCGUUCUCCGUCUCCGGUUCUACAACGACAAUUCGCACUGCGUUCUGUCACUCAAAGCCAAACCCGUCAUUUCAAGCGGGAUAAGCCGCAUGGAGGAGCACGAAGAAGCCUUUGACCCUGCCCUCGGCAGAGCCUGCGUCUCCGAGCCGUGGCGGCUCUUGGCGGUGGACUCGUCGGAGGUAUUGAAGCGGGUGAGAGAAGAAUAUGGGGUUGGAGAAAAUGGGUUGGUGUGCUUGGGCGGAUUCAGGAACGUGAGGGCAGUGUACAAUUGGAAGGAAUUGAAACUAGAGCUAGACGAGACGAAUUACGAUUUCGGGACGAGCUACGAGCUGGAAUGUGAAAGCUUGAAUCCGGAAAGAGACAAGAAGGUGUUGGAGCAGUACAUGGAGCAGAAUGGGAUUGGUUUCUCUUAUUCUGAUGCUUCGAAAUUCGCCGUGUUUCGAUCCCGUAAGUUGCCUAGCUGAAAGUGAAGGAGCAAUUGAAAGUUGCUUGCUUUAUGAACUUUUUAGCCACUUUCUCAGCUUUGAAAUUAUUGAUGCAUGAUGGUGUACUGUAAUCUAUAUGAAUAAAUAAGUUUCUGAAUACUUAGUGAA